UAUCCUAUUGAAUUGAAUUGAAUAACGAUGAGAGUAGACGAAAGCUAGUCUCCCACAGGUGAGAGGCGAAAAGGAGACCCUCUAUUUGUCAACGGGCAUCCUUAAAUACCACUCAAUUUCAAACACUGCUUCCCUGCCACAUAUUUGCACUCAGAACUGGGAAUUAAGAGCAUAUCGAGCCGAGCUUCUCUUUUUUUUUGUGUGUGGAGACAAGGGAUACUAGAGCAACGUCCUGCAGGAUAAGGGCGCGCCUAAACUACCAGAUUCAUGUGUUGUGAUUGAUUACCCCGUGCUUUCGAAAAUCUUGCAUAGAUUUAGGAGAUAUGUUGCGGCGAGUUGUGCGACAGAGCAAGUUCCGUCAUGUGUUCGGUCAAGCCGUGAGGAACGACCAGUGCUACGAUGACAUCCGCGUGUCCAGGGUCACAUGGGACAGCUCCUUCUGCGUCAAUCCCAAAUUUGUUGCCAUCAUCAUAGACGCCAGCGGGGGUGGAGCCUUUCUUGUCCUUCCUUUGCAAAAAACUGGUCGUAUAGACAAGGUCUACCCUACAGUAUGUGGUCACACAGGCCCUGUGUUGGACAUCGACUGGUGUCCUCAUAAUGACCUUGUUAUUGCUAGUGGAUCAGAGGACUGCACAGUCAUGGUUUGGCAGAUUCCUGAAAAUGGACUGGAGACCCCCCUGUCAGAGCCUGUGGUCGUGCUAGAGGGCCACUCUAAGAGAGUCGGUAUCGUGUCCUGGCAUCCCACCGCUCGUAACGUUCUCCUCAGUGCAGGUUGUGAUAACCAGAUCGUCAUCUGGAAUGUGGGCACGGGAGAGGCCAUGAUCAACCUGGAGGACAUGCACCCUGAUGUGAUCUUUAGUGUCAGCUGGAGCCGCAAUGGCAGCCUGCUGUGCACGGCCUGCAAGGACAAGAAGGUCCGCGUCAUUGACCCUCGUAAAAAGAAGGUUGUUGUGGAGAAGGACAAAGCCCACGAGGGAGCUCGGCCAAUGAGAGCGAUCUUUUUAGCAGAUGGAAACAUUUUCACAACUGGAUUUAGCCGCAUGAGUGAGCGCCAGCUAGCCCUGUGGAAAACUGACAACAUGGAUGAGCCGAUAUGCGUACAAGAGAUGGACUCCAGUAAUGGCAUUCUGCUUCCCUUUUAUGACCCGGACACCAACAUAGUCUACUUGUGUGGGAAGGGCGACAGCAGCAUCCGGUACUUUGAGAUCACUGAUGAGGCCCCGUUUGUUCACUACCUCAGCACCUACUCCACCAAGGAGCCCCAGAGAGGGAUGGGAUACAUGCCCAAAAGAGGACUGGAUGUUAACAAAUGUGAAAUUGCAAGGUUUUACAAAUUGCAUGAGAGAAAAUGUGAACCAAUCAUCAUGACGGUCCCACGUAAGUCCGAUCUGUUUCAGGACGACCUGUAUCCGGAUACAGCCGGCCCCGAUCCCGCCGUGGAGGCAGAGGAGUGGUUUGCUGGGAAAAACGGAGGCCCGAUCCUGAUCUCGCUCAAAGACGGAUACGUCUCAACAAAGAACCGGGAUCUGAAAGUGGUCAAGACGAAUGUGCUGGAGACCAAAACAGUCACGAAACCAGAACCCAUCUCUACUGUCCAGAAGCACGUGUCUCCACAGCCCUCAGUAAAAAUGGAAGAUAAACUGGAAGAGGUACUCCGAGAGUUCAAGUCACUCAGGGACCGCGUCAUCCUCCAAGACCGACGAAUCGCCAGACUGGAAGAGCAGGUCGCCAAGGUUGCCAUGUGAUACGGUUUUGGAGAGGACCGAAUGGACGGGGUCUGCCACGGCCAAAUAUACAAGAUUCGGAUCAAGCUUGGCGUAGUCCUUGCGAUUAGGCCAAGCCUACAUUCCAAAAUGAACUUUUAAUUUUUUUUCCCUUGCCAACUUUCACAUGUCCCUCAGCCCCACACACACAGAAAAGAAAAAACUCUCUCAGCUCAAGUUCACAUUUGAAGGAAAGACAUUUUUGUUGAAGGAAAAGUCUUAACUUUUUUGUGAUAUCAAUUCUCAUGUGAAGUUUGUACUUACUACUCAGAAACUGUAUGUAGCAUCAGUAUUUCCAUUGUUAUCAUGAUUUCUUUGUGUGUUGCCAAAUAUGAGUGGUGUGUGGUUUCAUGCACUGCUUUUACGUUUAUUUUCCUUCUUGAAGUACAUUCCAAUCACAACCUGGUAGAUUGAGUUUGUCGAGCUGGAUUCUUUUUUUAAACGAUAGCUGUUCAACUUUUAUCCUGCCACCAGUUUGCUCAUUGCUUACCAUCAGAUUUAUGAAUGUGGAAGAAUUCCUUGAUUCUUCUUUUUUUCCCUUGUUAUGCUGGGCUUGAAAUUCAACAUUAGGUUUUUUUGGGGGGGAGGGGGUGUUGCAUCUAUCUGGUGUAAAUGUUGUGCAAAUGUAGUGGUGCCUCUCGUCACUGUUAAGGGUCAAACUGCAGUCGCCCUCUCCAGUGCAGAUUCGGUGUUGGGAAGGGACCACUCACUCGGCUUGUGUUUCACUGAACCCCUGACAAACUGUUCUGUGCACAUAAUAAAGAUUUUACACAGGAAAAGAAAACUCUUCAUUUC